AUGCCGGCCACAGAGGGUGCACCUGAUGCUGCAGAUGGAGCUGCUGCUGCGGCAAGCAAGCCGAAACGCGUACGGACUGGCUGUUUGACUUGCAGAGAACGCCACUUGAAGUGUGAUGAAGGUCUGCCAAACUGCCAAAAUUGUCGAAAGUCAAGUCGAGUUUGUAAGAGGGGCGUACGUCUGAACUUUAUUGAUACGACUGUUAAGAACCCGCCAAUAAUUCCACCGACAGCAGACUGGAACGUAAAUUUUCAAGAUGAGUCUCGAGAGAUUGCGUCCGAAUAUCGAGGCGGCCUGCAGCGGUAUGCCCACCUCGACCAGAUUAUAACACCCCCUCGAGAGACCCCGUUAGAAUUCGCCGUACGGCCCAUGGCCCACGAUCCACUCAUGCCUGAAAAUAGCAACUCGUUGCCUCCUAUACAAUCCAGCGGGCCAUACUCAGAUCACGGAAUGGGAGCCAAGAGCGAACACCUCCAUUCAAGACAAGACGGUCGUCACCAUUCGCACACUGGUAGUGAUGGAUCCUUCCUAACCGCACCUCCUACGUCUUAUAGCAACCCCGAACAAGCCCUGGCUCUACCCCCAACUCCACCGAGCGAGAGACCCCAAUACCUGACGUCUGCUGAAGAAGUCUUGUUUAUGCAAGUUUUUGUGGAAGAAGUGGGAUUGUGGAUGGACAGUAUGGAUCCUCACAAGCAUUUCUCCAGGUUGCUACCAUUCCACUCUCUGCAUGAGCCAAUGCUGCUCAACGCCUUCCUGGCCUGUGGAGCUCGUCACUUGACACUAGUCAACCCGAUGUAUCACGAGGACAAAGCGUUGUAUUACUACGAUACGGCAACCACCCAAUUGUUACGCUCGCUACAAAAUCCCGACCGAGACACUGUUGUUUGUGCGACCACGGCGGUCAUUCUCAACGUGUACGAGAUUAUGUCAGAGAGAGCAAUGCAACGUAUGAAUCACAUUGCAGGUGCUCGGGCUUUGAUCAAAGAGUGCGGCUGGAAUGCGAAGAGUACAGGAAUAGGGGCUGCUUGCUUUUGGUUGAAUGUUGGGAUGGAGCUGUUGAGCUGUCUCCAUUUCAAUUGGCAAGUUGCAUGGGAUCCUGACCAGUGGGGACUUGAUAUGGACUUCCACCAAGAGUCGGAAACUGGGAAAGAGGAGUUAUGGGUUUAUCGAAUCCUGUAUAUUGUGGGAAAGAUUGCCAAUUUCCGGGCUUCGAUUCCACGAUUCCAGGAGGCUUCUCCCCACGACGAACAGAUUCGGCUUCAAUCCAGGUUCCAGGAGUGGCAGAGAUUGAAAAACUUGUGUGACAGCUGGAAUGACAGGAUUCCGAGGACUAUGCAUCCACUAGGGUAUCUGCAUCCUUCUCAGACUAGCUCGAAGUCCGCCUUCCCAGAAGUUUGGCUCAUAAAACGUGCCACAAUUACUGGCCGGCUGUUUUAUCAUACUUCGAUGUGUCUCCUGGCACAGAUUCACCCUCUUUUGUCCAAGGAUAGUGAAGAGUUGAGCAGCAUGUACUUGCACCAUGCUCAUAUGGUUUGUGGAAUCACCGCACAUGUCAAGGAUCGAGGAGUCGCCAGCGUUGCGAUUCGAUCUCUGGCAAUCGCUGGAGAUGGCCUUGUCGACCGACGGGAGCAGGAAGAGAUUCUGGAGAUUUUCAAUAAGAUCCAGAAGGAAACAGGUUGGAGGAUUGCAGCCCUGACGAAGGAGCUGAAGUCGAAAUGGCGCUGGGCAGAUGAUGUUCAACCCCAGAGGAUGGCUCCGCAGAAUUCCCUCGCCCAGUUCUUCCCGACGACAACCCAAGCGCCUGCUACGAAUCUUCCUCCGGCGCCACCUCAGCCUCGGACCGUUCCUAGCGGCAUUUUGAAUCCGAUCCUGUCCAAGGCCGAUUUUUCACUGCCAAAUCACCCGUAUCAGAGCCAUUAUCAGCCGCCAAACCAGCAACAUCAUCACUCUAGCCACAUUAACUUCAUGUGA